UUGCGACGUCUCUACUCGGAUUACUUCAAUGAACCCGUUGUUACUCGACCGAUAGUGCUUUCCGCCGACGAUAAACAAUUUCAAAUUGGACAGGUGCUUCUUCCUCGGAAACGAUGCAUUGAUGAGAAAAGUACGUGGCGAAUGCUAGCCAGUCAGAGCACUUUGAUACAUCAAUUGUCUGUGUGCAUAGAUAUGAAAUGGAUGCCCUUGAUUAUUGGGCCCAGAAAUUGUGGCAAGCGUUCGGCUCUAGAAUGUCUAGCACAAAUUUGCGGUGUUGAGCUUCAUACCAUUCUGCUCACUCCCGAGACGGAUGCACAGGAACUCAUCGGUUCAUAUGAGCAGGUGGUCGAUAAUUCUGCUCUUAACGAUGCUAAAACAACUUUGUGUAGCCUCUUGGAGCAACACGUUGACGAAGGUGUACUGAAGAAAUUAAACGAUGCUGACGAUGUGACACAGUUGGAGAUGAUAGCUGAGAUUGAACUCGUUGACAUGAAGGAAAGCAACAGUAGUGUGGUUGAUGAGUGUCGUGAAGUGCUGGCUCAUGCUGCCCGAUCUGCAAUGCGAUUCGAGUGGAUCGACAGCUUGUUUGUACGUGCGUACCUGGACGGGCAUUGGUUGCUGAUAGAAGAUGUGAAUCUAUGCAGGUGA